AUGGGCGGGUGGGGACGCCGCCGGCAGCAGGGCGCGGUGGCGGUGUUGCUGCUCUGGAUCGCGGUUCGGGGGGCAGUAGAGGGGGCUGAGAGCAGCAUGAUCCUGUCAUCGGUGGGCAAUGCUGACAGUCGGUUCAAUAAUCAGAGCUUUGUGCGGGCCGCUGGCUACACACACAUGGCUGCCAGCAACCUGCAGCUAUGUCUAUCGUAUCGCUGGCUCAGCCCGGCAAUCUUUCCCAACGGCUCGGAUGCCGAGGCCUGGCGGGCAAAGUGCGUCAAGACGGCCCAAAAGGAGAUCGACGCAGCCCACGCACAGGGGCUCAAAACCAAUCAUGCCAUGGACGUCUUUACCUUUCCUUCAACGCUGAUCGCUACGUUUCCAAACAUGACGGAUGGGCAUGGCACCAUCGUCCUCUCCCCUAUGACCCAGCGUGUGCUGGCCGGCAUGGUGGAUGAGAUGGUAGCCCUCUUCCCGACCGCGGACAGCUACAUGAUUCGUGUGGGUGAAAACUACCUGCCCUCCGAACCCUAUUUUACCGGCAACGAAGCGGUCAACUUUAGUGCCCCCUUUGAUGUGCAACAAGCCGAUUACGUGCUUCUGAUCCGCAUCCUCAAGGCUGCCUUUGUUGAAAAGCGCUUUGCUCCUUCGUCACCCAAGCGCUUCCACUCCAGUCUAGCGUACUACCUGAACGUCACAAACCAAAUCACGCCCCAUCCCAAACUCAUUUUUUCCAUCAAGCACGUCAUGCUUGAUUUUUGGCCCUACGUGGCGUUUAAUCCCACUUUGGCCCAGGGUGCACAUCAACAAAUUGUUGAAGUGGAGUGUGCGCGCGAAUAUGAAGGUAAAGGAGCAUUUCCCAACUACAUUGGUCACGGCGUGAUAAAUCGCUGGGCUGAGGUGCUUGACGGCCAGGGGCUCAAGGACGUAGUCAACAGCUCGCUCAUCACGGGGCUCUGGCUUUGGAGCUCGGGCGGGGGCUGGGGUGGCGUGCCCAAGGUUGGCGUCCAUGAGCUGUGGCCUUUGAUGAAUACACUGGUGAUCUUACGAUGGUGGCGCAACAACACCUCACCCAUUCCCGGGUUGAGUGCCGAUGAGGCUUUUCUGGCCACCUGUACGGAGGACUUGGGCAUGGCGGCAAAGGGGUGCCCCAGCCUAUUGACAGCGGCUGUGGCUUCACAGGAGGCUGUACUCCAAAUGCGUUAUUGCCAGCCCUAUGAUGCUAGCCUUCUAAACCAGUACAUGCCCACGAACAACUGGUUCCGCGAUGAUCGAAUGGGUGGCUAUGACCAACUCAAUGGCUUGACAUAUGAGCACGAGCUCUUGGAACAAGCUGUGGCGGAGAAGCAGGCCGCGACAGCAACGUGGGCCCGGAUCCAAAGCUUGAUUGGCGCGGGCACGGCCAAUGUGACCACGGGCUGGGCACCCUUUUUCCGUGAUUCAGCCAAAUACGGGGCCUUGCUCUCUCACAUCAUCGCAGCUGGGAACCAGACGGGUCACUUUAAUGUCACAGGGCUGACAGCGGCCGUACGUGAGUACGAUGCAGCGCGCAGCGCUUAUCAAGAGUUUUUGGACGAGAUGGGUUCGGCAGUGGCUUCGCCCAUGUAUCCGUAUUACGAGGACGUGGAUGGCCACAACAAUAACGUGACGCAUGCCCCCGGUCUCAAUGCCAGCGUUGACCUGUUUCGGCGCAUCGAGGAUUGA